GUGUUUUGUUGUGUUCUGGAAGCGCCUGAACACCCAGAAUCAUCCAUCCGUACACUUUGGUCUGGCCGACACCCCGAUGGAAACGUCACUCUACACGAACCGCCCCUAAAUCCGUCGUCCAAUGGUCGAAGCGCGUCCUGGGCGCCGGAGAGCCGCCGGGAUAAAACCUCCGCUGGGCCCGUCAGGCGCUCUUACGGCUCCGUAAUAGCCUACCGGAGAAACUCUAAUUCAUCCGACCGAGAAGCCAAACAGAAUAUGUGCCAUUCUAACUGACACUGUGGCGUUGGAUAAAAGCCUUCGGAUAUUUCCAAACAUUUCUUCUCCAAAAGGGAAUAAAACUAUCCACGCAGGAAUAUUUUCACUCAAGACCUCAUAUGGACUAAAACACAGCAAAUUAAGUGAGAGUGGACACUCGGACAUUUAACCAGGACAUCAAGAGACCAAGACUUCUCUGAGAAAUGUCCAACACAACUGGGCGAGGUCAUGGGGGUCUUAAUCAACUAGGUGGUAUGUUUGUGAAUGGUCGCCCGCUCCCGGAGGUCAUCCGGCAGAGGAUCGUGGACAUGGCGCACCAGGGCGUACGACCUUGUGACAUCUCCCGCCAGCUGAGGGUCAGUCACGGCUGCGUAAGCAAGAUCCUGGGCAGGUACUAUGAGACGGGCAGCAUUAAACCAGGAGUCAUUGGGGGCUCAAAGCCAAAAGUGGCGACUCCUAAAGUGGUGGAGAAGAUAGCGGAGUACAAGCGUCAGAACCCAACCAUGUUUGCGUGGGAGAUCAGAGACCGACUGCUGGCCGAGGGUGUUUGUGACGGUGACACUGUGCCCAGCGUCAGCUCCAUCAACAGGAUUAUUCGCACAAAAGUUCAACAGCCAUUUAACCUUCCCCUGGACAGUAAAGGCCUCAGUCCUGGACAUUCACUGAUUCCAAGUUCAGCCGUCACUCCUCCAGAAUCUCCCCAGUCAGACUCUCUGGGCUCCACCUACUCCAUCAGCGGCCUGCUGGGAAUCCCACAGACCAGCGCCGAGGGCAAGAGGAGCCACGAUGACAGUGAUCAGGAGAGCUGUCGGCACAGUGUGGACUCUCAGGGCAGCGGCAGCGGAUCCCGGAAACAGUUGAGGACCGAACACUUCCAUUCCCAGCACCAGGACUGUGGCUUUGAGAGGCAUCACUACAGCUCCGACACAUUCAACCAGACUGUGGCCAGCAAAACAGAGCAGUCACUCUAUCCUCUCUCGCUCAUCAGUGGCAGUUUGGAUGAGGGUAAAAGUGCUUCAGCUAUCAGUCGAAACCUGGCAGCACAUCAGGGAUACACAGUGGUUGCAGCUCUACAGCCCCUCCCACUCUGUUUGAAACAGGAAAUGUCACCCAACAUUAACAGCUCAAGCCCCUCCCCCAACAUCAUCACUAAUUCAGCCUUCCUGGAGCUCACUUCCAUUUCGGCUCCAUCAUCAGCGCCCAUCGCUAACAGCUGCAGCAACGCCACUCAUUUAUCUCAUGGCUUCAACUCAUUUUCCCAUCAUGCCCCAGUGCACGGGCAGUUCAGCAGCCCGCCGCUCAUCACAGGCAGAGAUGUGGCGAGCUCGAUGCUGCCCGGUUAUCCUCCACACAUCCCCUCGGCCACGCAGACGGGUUUCUCAUCAUCCACCAUUACUGGGAUGGUAACAGGUCCAGAAUACAUGGGACAGACCUACAGCCACUCGCCGUACUCUUCCUACAGCGACGCCUGGAGAUUCACCAACUCCAGCAUAUUAGGUUCCCCGUAUUACUAUAGUUCAGCCGCGCGAGCGCCGCCUUCAUCCACCGCCGCUUAUGAUCAUCUCUAAUACCGGAGAAGAACGGAGAUGACUUUCUCUUUUUUACAAUGGAGUGUGCAGUGAAAGACACAAGGAGUGAAGAAAAACGAAAACAUAUUGACGGACAGCACCUUUUAUUGCCUGUAAAUCUAUUUAUGUUCUUUGUUCAAGGCGCAAUUAAAGGCCAUUUACAAACACACGUUUACAUCUUCUUCCACCAGUCAGAAUAUUUCUUGCCUGUGUUUUUUAUUUCUCUGUUGCUAAAGACAGUUCUCCAAACUGUUUUCAUAUAGCAUAUUCAUGGACAGAAAGGAGACAUAGGAGUUGUUUUUAGCAGCUGAAGCAUAGCCUACGCGGUCGACAAAUAGGCUACUACGAAACUGCAUCCAACUAAACUGUAAAAAAAAAAAGUUAUAAAUGAUUCUAAUUUUCCUCACGUGACAUUUUGAUGUUGGAUUCGAACUGAAUGAAUUUAUAUCGGAUGGCUUCAUCGAUAUUCAUACAGUAGCCUAAAUAUUUAAAACUACAUUGAAAUAACACAAUGUUAACACGCGGAUAUUUCUCUCUUCGAUGUUCCGUCCACCAAAUCCACAAUGAUUAUUAAAAGCAUCACAUUCGGCUGCAUAUUCAGUCCAAACCAUUACAGAAGUUUAAUGUUUGGGGGUAAUAUGUAAAUAAUGUAGAGGAGGCAAAGCCCUAUUAAAAUGAAAUUGAUUUAUAAUACACAUUAUUAUUCAGGCUGAAUCGUUUGGGGAUUCAUUAGUUAUAAAAUGUUUAUAUUAUCGCUUUUAUUUUUUCCCCAUCUUAUCAUCAUGCUUAUAUUUCUGUGAUAAAUGAGUUUUGUGUUUCAGAGAUUACGUUUUAUUGUACUGUUAAUUAUAUUAUUCAAAUGUAAAUUAAUAAUUUCUACAGAAUUAUUUUGAAUUAAAUAAAGCAUGACAA